UGUUUUUGUUAUUGUUAUAGGUUAGUGGAACAGCUGACGCGGAGAGAGGUCGUUGAGAAAAGAGUUCUGUGCGUCUUCAUUUGAACAUCUUUUCCGAAAAUACAGGUGGGUGUGUCCAGAGCCCUGCAGUCGCCAUGGAGACGACAGCCCCGCCCCAGUGGAGGGUGGAGUUUCGGAAUGUGGGGAGGAGCUACUUCCCCCAGAGCCGCGUGGAGUGCCACUACAGCAUGAGCCCCCUUCACUGCUGGGCCAGCAGUGACUGGAUAGGCCUCUUCAAGGUGGGUUGGUCUUCUACACGGGAUUAUCACACCUUUGUCUGGGCUCUGUCUCCAGAGGGCUACUCCGAGGGCACCUCUGCCAACGGCUGUGUGCAUUUCCAAGCCUGCUACCUCCCCGGGCCCGGCGAGGACUCGUACCAGUUCGUCUACGUGGACCAGCGCGGCGAGGUGUGCGCCCGCAGCGCCCCCUUCGCCUUCUGCGCCCCCAAGCCCCUGGACGAGCUGGUCACCCUGGAAGAGAGGAGAGAGGGAGAGGAGGAGGAAGAGGGGGAGGGGAUGCUGCUGGUCAUCCCGCGGGCUGAGCUGCUACAGGCCCGCCUGGAGGAGUGCCUCCGAGAGAGAGCCGAGCUGCUGCAGGCCCGGGAGGCGUCGCAGAGGGGCCGGGAGGAGGACAGGGAGGAGUGGGACAGGCAGAGGCGGGAGCUGAGCGAGCGACUGGGCCGCGCCAGGGAGGAGGCCUCGCGGCUGAGGGAGACGCGGCAGCGGGAGGCCGAGCUGGACAGGCUGAAGGAGCGGCUGAGGAGGCUGACGCAGCAGCAGGAGCAGGCGGUGCGCCAGAAGGGGGAGGAGGAGGAGGAGAGGAAGGCCCUGCAGGGUAAGCUGCUGUCCUCGGAGGAGGAGCUGCGCCGCAUGUGCUCGGAGUUUCAGAGCCUGCGGGGGUCACUGGCCGAGAGGGAGACGCAGGCCCUGACACUGAGAGACACCAUCAGCACCCUGACUCUCAGGCUGAACACUGCACAGCAGAGAGAGGUGGAAAACGAGUCCCUGCGCCAGGAGCUGUCCAGCCUGCGGGAGCGUCUGUGUGCCAGCGAGCGCCGUGUGGAAGGACUGGGCGCUGAGCUGGAGGUGGUGGGUGGGCAGAGGGACCGUGGGCAAACCGAGCUGCACCAGGCCCGGCUCGAGGCGGCACAGCUCACACUGCAGCUGGCCGAGACCCGCCUGGCCAUGAGGGAGGGCCGGGCUCGUUGGCAGGGGGAGAGGGAGGCCCUGCAGCAAAGCGCUCAGAUGGACAGAGAGAGGAUUGCAGAGCUCAGCGAGGCGCUGCAGCAGGCAGAAGCGAGGCUGCAGGAGGAGAGGAUGGAGAGGGAGAAGGCAGAGGUGGAGCUGGCAAGAGACAGGGACUGUAACCGGGUGCAGCGGGGAGAGGCAAGCCGGGAGCUGCAGGAGCUGAAAUCCAGCCUGAGACUGGGCCAGAGGGAGAAAGAGCAUCUGCUGCACCAGCAACAGGAGCUGCUGCAGUACGUGCGCCAGCUGGAGCAGAGGCUGGAGGCUGUUGCCGAUGCUAAGUGGAGGGAUGCUGCCUCUGACUCCAACAGUCGUCCUGACAGCCCUGUAUCGGAGUCAGAGGAGGACAGUCCUGAAGCCCUGCAGCCCCCUCAUCCCCUGGGCGCCUACAGCCUCUGUGACCCCCCAACUUUCACAACAGAGGCCCUGCUCCUCGCUACCCCUCCCCCAUCUCCACAGGGAGGCGUGGUCAUCAGCCAGCCCGCCCCCCUGUCCUCCCCACGGCAACAAGACAGCGAGUCAGUGGCCCACAGCUCGGAGUCGGAGCCAGAGGACGAGAAGGAGUCGGCGCUGUAUGGAGCCCAGAGCUCGGGGGACGAGACUGCCCUGCUGCUGCCAGAGCACAGCUGCCCCGCUGAGGGUGAGCGCUCUGGCUCCCCCUUGUGGAACUGAGUGCAGAGACUGCCAUCCCCGAGAUGACCACAAGAUGGCGGUAGAGAAGCAAGGGAAUUUUUUACAGCAAAUAAUACAAUAUUAUAUACACUUUCAGUUACUACACACAAUGACUACACAAAUUGCUACACCUCUGCGCAAAGUAAAGCUAUUACACUAGAAACAGUGCACUCUAUGUAACUGAUGCACACAGUCGAUACUCGGUUAAUAUACACACAGAUGUAACUGGUAUACACACCCAUGCCAUGCGCUGAUCGAUCAGUGAUGUGGCACAGACAGACUGCAGUUAAAUAAUGUAACGUAGCUCCAGCAAGCUGCAGGAGUCUUAUUUUUUGUAAUUGUAUGAGUGCGUGUUUGUGUUUACGGACUGAGGGUUUCUUUUAAACAAAAAGGUUCAACUUUUAAAUUUUGUGUGUAAAUACUCAACUUCCUGGGCUGACUUUCAGGCAAGCAGCCUCGUUGGCUUACAUUUCACGGUUAUCAAUUUCUGCUUUAUUUUAGAUGUGUAUCUGCACCAUCAAACCCGUAAAGGGCUGCACUGAAAUAUGUUUUCAGAUAUGACUAGCAUGACCCUAUAAUUGUCCUGGCCAAAUCUCCCAUUGGCCCUUACCAAUCAUGGCCUCCUAAUAAUCCCCCUCUAUGAAUUGGCUUCAUCAC